GAUGUCGCCGAGUGAUGACGACACACUCGGGUUUCUCGCGGUGACGUAGACGGAACCAGGAAGUGGUGCGCUCCGACGCGUCUGGAGACUUUUCCAAGCGUUUUUCAACUGGCUCGUCGCUCCAAUGGCGGACUUCGCGGCGCCGCGGACCAGGACUCUCCUCCUGCUGCUUGUGUCCGGAGUCCUCGGGCCGAGCCGCGCGGUGUCGGAACCCGGCAAAUGGAUCCUCAACUUGGACAGUGACACUUUGAAGAGGCAAAACCUGUUCGUCUUCGCUAAAACCUUGUUCAACAACAGCGUCGUCCAUCUUAAAUGGUCGGCGGGGACCUGCAACUCGUCUUCCCCGGUGCGCUUGAACGUCUCGUGGUACCUGAGGAGUUCUCGGUGCUACGAUGAAGUCUUCAGUCUGGUGCCGACCCAAGCAGAACAGUACUUCCGGUCCGCUCAGGAGAAGCUGGAAGGAGGAAGCGGUUUCUUCGUGUUCCAUCAGUACCCGCUCGUCACUUGCCAGUCCCGCGUGGACCCCAACAUCUUUGGUCUGGAUGCUUUCGACGGGAAAACGCAACUGAGCGGAUUGCAGGCAGGCGAGCGGCAGCAGCAGCAGCAGAAGACGACGACGACGACGACGUCUUUAGCGAGAAACAUCAGCGUUCCUCCCAAACAGGCCGCGGCUCGCGCGCACUUCGACGCGGUGGCCGAGAGCUGGGCGGACGGCCCCUACGCGUUCCUGCUGCGCGUCCGCGAGGUCCCGGAGAAGAACCGGGCUCCCGACCCGGCCCCCUGGAGCAUGCAGCUCCAGGUGCGCGUGACGGGACCUCACGACUACAUCUCGGCCUCGGAAUGGCCGCUCAUGCUGUUCUACAUGGUGAUGUGCGUGCUGUACGUGCUGCUGGCGCUCCUGUGGCUUCUGCUGUCGGCGUGCUACUGGAGGGACCUGCUCAGGAUCCAGUUCUGGAUCGGGGGCGUCAUCUUCCUGGGCAUGCUGGAGAAAGCCGUUUACUACGCCGAGUUUCAGAGCAUCAGAUACGACGGCUUGUCCGUCCAGGGCGCCGUGGUGUUCGCCGAGGUUCUGUCCGCCGUCAAGAGGACGCUGGCCCGCGUGCUGGUCAUCAUCGCCAGUCUGGGAUACGGCAUCGUCAAGCCCAGGCUGGGCGCCCUGCUUCACCGCGUGGUGGGCGUCGGCCUCCUCUACCUGAUGUUCUCGGCGGUGGAGGGCGUCCUGCGCGUCAACGCCGAUCGAGGCGACAACGCCAGCAGCAUCCUCCUGUGCGACGUGGUGCUGGCCCUCACCGACUCGUGCGUCAUCUGGUGGGUCUUUGUGAGUCUGGCUCAGACAAUGAAGCUGCUCCGACUUCGCCGCAACCUGGUCAAGCUUUCGCUCUACACGCACUUCACCAACACGCUCAUCUUCGCCGUCAUCGCGUCAGUCAUCUUCAUCGUCUGGACCACGAAGACCUUCAAGAUGGCCAAAUGUCAGUCAGACUGGCGCGAGCUUUGGAUCGACGAUGCUUUCUGGCGGUUCCUGUUCUCCGCCAUCCUUUUGGUCAUCAUGUUCCUGUGGCGACCGUCUGCCAAUAACCAGAGGUACGCCUUCAGGCCUCUGGUGGACGACGAGGAGAGCGAUGAAGAGGAGGAGGACGAGCUCAUGGUCAACGAAGCGUUCGAGGGCAUGAAGAUGAGGGGCGUGAAGAACGAACCCAACGGUGCCGCCAAGCCCAACAAAGUGGACGAGGAUCUCAAAUGGGUGGAGGAGAACAUCCCGUCGUCCAUGGCCGACGUGGCCCUGCCCCCCCUGCUCGACUCGGACGAGGAAACCAUGACGACCAAGUUUGAGAUGUCCAAGAUGGAGUGACGCCGCCGCCGCCGCCGCCGCCCUUGAGCAAGCAAGAGGGAGGAAAGCAACGUUUGUGUGACGGAUCUCCAACUUUAUGAGCUUUGUAAGCGUCAACUGGACGAACACUCACCGUGGCUUUUUUUUUUUUUUUGGGGGGGGGGUGUGUGUGGGGGUUUUACAAUGAAUACUUUUUAUAUUUAUGUACAUUAAGACGCGUAGACGUAUUUUCAUAGCUUCUUUGCAUGUAACGAUGUGUAUGCUGUUGCCAUGGCAGCGCUGCUGUUGUGUGUGUGUGUGUGUGUGUGUGUGGGUCUCUGUUGUGCUUGGGCCUCUUUGGACUUCUCCAAAUCAUAACAGCGUCUUUAUAAACUUUCAUUCACCA